CCACCGCGCAGGCGCCCUGGUGAGCGCUCCGUUUGAAACAUGGCGCGGGCUGUCCCGCGGCUGGUGCUGAGUGAGGAAGCGAUCCGGUCGAAGAGCGGCCUGGGGCCUCACCGCAACCUGGCUGAGCUUCGGUCAUUGUCUAUUCCUGGAACCUACCAGGAGAAGAUCACCCACCUGGGACAUUCUCUGAUGAGUUUAACAGGUCUGAAAUCUCUCGAUCUGUCACGCAACUGCUUGGUUAGUCUGGAGGGUAUUCAGUACCUGACUGCGCUGCAGAGUCUCAAUCUCUACUACAACUGCAUCUCGUCGCUAGCAGAAGUGUUUCGGCUCCACUCCCUGACCGAGCUUGUGGACGUGGACUUGCGGCUGAACCCCGUGGUGAAGGCCGAGUCUGACUACCGCCUUUUUGUUGUGCACCUGCUCCCCAGGCUCCGGCAGCUGGACGAUCGCCCCGUGAGAGAGAGUGAGCGGAAGGCUUCACAGCUGCGUUUUGCAUCAGAGGACUCACUGGACUCAAAGGAGAACAUCCCAGCUGCUUUGAAAGUGGGCAGACCACACCACCCCAGAGCCAGGUGCACCGAGGCCUCAGCCAAGCAGAGCCUGGUCAUGGACGCGGACGACGAGGCGGUCCUGAACCUCAUUGCAGAGUGCGAGUGGGACCUCGGCAGGCCUCCCGCGAGCAUGAGCUCCAGCCAGAAGGAGCGCGAGGCCUACUCUUGUGGUUCCCAAGACUCUGUGGAUACUGAGGACUCGGCCUCUUCUCAGAAGUUGGAUUUGUCAGCAGAAAUGGCGCCCAGUCCACUGCCUGCCCCCGGAAUGUACAGGAAGCAAAGAAUGCCUGGUGGAAGAUUCCAGGCGUUUUCAGAACAGAAGUGUCUGGGCUGCCUGGAGGGGACUCAUGGGUCCUGCGAGCCCGAGGAGAGCCUGAGCAGACAGAACAGCUCAGAAGGCAGGAGUGGGAGGACCUUAUCUCAGCCGGAGGCCUUGGAGACUGAGGAGCAGAGGUCUGGGGGCGUGAACGAUGCUGGAGAGGUAAGGGGAGGGCUGGGGAAGUCGGAAUCGGGCAUCUUGGCUGGCUUAGCCGUCGAUGACCCUGUUGUCCUGUCGGUCAUCCAGACCUCACUCACCCAGGUCCUGUCCUGUCAUCCAGACCUCACUCAGGCAGGUCCUACCUCACUCAGGCAGGUCCUGUCAGUCAUCCAGAACUCACUCACCCAGGUCCUGUCCUGUCCUGUCAUCCAGACCUCACUCACCCAGGUCCUGUCGGUCAUCCAGACCUCACUCACCCAGGACCUGUCAGUCAUCCAGACCUCACUCACCCAGGUCCCGUCAGUCAUCCAGACCUCACUCACUCAGGUCCCGUCAGUCAUCCAGACCUCACUCACCCAGGUCCUGUCCUGUCCUGUCAUCCAGACCUCACUCACCCAGGUCCUGUCCUGUCCUGUCAUCCAGACCUCACUCACCCAGGUCCUGUCAGUCAUCCAGACCUCACUCACCCAGGUCCU